GGUCCCGGGCGCGGAGCCGGGAGCCCUCCCGGCGGCAGGAGCGAGCGCAGACGCCCAGGGCCGCGGCCGCCCGGGCCGGGCAACGCGCAUCCCGCGGAGGCGGCCCGGGCACCCGGCCCGGCGGGACCCGGAGCGGAGCGCGCCCGGCGCGGAUGCGGAGUCCGGUGCGGCAGCUCGAGCAGCCUGCCCGCUGAGGGGGGCGGCCCCGGGCCUCCGCUCGCCGCGCCCGGCCGACCCGGCGCAGCCGUCGCUGGAGGAGCCGGAGCCCGCGAGCCUGACGAGCGGCGGGACAGGCAGGGAGCCCAGUUUUGGAAGCUGGCAGUCCCAGGGGUCCUCCCAAGACGCUGGGGAGGGCUGAGGCCGACCAUGCCAGGCCUGCUGCUGCUCGCUGCUGCGCUGCUCUCCAGCUGGGCUCAGCUCCCCGCCGAAGCCAGCUCCUGGUGGUCGUUAGCUAUGAACCCGGUGCAGAGACCUGAGAUGUUCAUCAUCGGUGCCCAGCCUGUGUGCAGCCAGCUUCCGGGGCUCUCCCCGGGCCAGAGAAAGCUGUGCCAGUUGUACCAGGAGCACAUGGCCUACAUAGGGGAGGGAGCCAAGAUGGGCAUCAAGGAGUGCCAGCACCAGUUCCGGCAGAGGCGGUGGAACUGCAGCACCGUGGACGACACCUCUGUCUUUGGGAGGGUCAUGCAGAUAGGGAGCCGGGAGACGGCCUUCACCUAUGCUGUGAGCGCCGCGGGGGUGGUGAACGCCAUCAGCAGGGCCUGCCGAGAGGGUGAGCUGUCCACCUGUGGCUGCAGCAGGACAGCGAGGCCCAAGGACCUUCCCCGGGACUGGCUGUGGGGCGGCUGUGGGGACAACGUGGAGUACGGCUACCGGUUUGCUAAGGAGUUUGUGGAUGCCCGGGAGCGGGAGAAGAACUUUGCCAAGGGAUCGGAGGAGCAGGGCCGGGUGCUUAUGAACCUGCAGAACAACGAGGCGGGUCGAAGGGCUGUGUAUAAGAUGGCAGACGUAGCCUGCAAGUGCCACGGCGUCUCUGGGUCCUGCAGCCUCAAGACCUGCUGGCUCCAGCUGGCCGAGUUCCGCAAGGUGGGGGACCAGCUGAAGGAGAAGUACGACAGCGCCGCUGCCAUGCGCGUCACCCGCAAAGGCAAGCUGGAGCUGGUCAACAGCCGCUUCAACCAGCCCACCCCGGAGGACCUGGUGUAUGUGGAUCCCAGCCCCGACUACUGCCUGCGCAACGAGACCACGGGCUCCCUGGGCACCCAGGGCCGCCUCUGCAACAAGACCUCGGAGGGCAUGGACGGCUGCGAGCUCAUGUGCUGCGGCCGCGGCUACGACCAGUUUAAGAGCGUCCAGGUGGAGCGCUGCCACUGCAAGUUCCACUGGUGCUGCUUCGUCAAGUGCAGGAAGUGCACGGAGGUCGUCGACCAGCACGUCUGCAAAUAGCCGGGACCGCGUCCUGGCCUCCUCUCCACUGCCUCACAGAAGAUUAUAUAUAUAGAUCUAUAUAAAUCUAUUUUAUAUUUGUACAAAUGAAUGGAUGGGUGAUAAUUAAAAGAUGAGAAUGGAAAGAAAAAGCUUAUUUAAGAGAUGCUAGAGGUCUUUGAGGACUGGACUUGGCAGGUUCUCAGCUCCCAGUGGGUGGGACAAAGGUCUUUUUCCCUCCCUCCAGGGGGGACUCUCAGGAUGUAGGGACUUGAGAAUAUUUGCUAUCUGUCCACCAUGGCCUUGAGGAGAGAGGUGGUGGGUAGAAGGAGAUGGCUUUGUCUGGAAGUCUGGAGUCUCUGUUGGGUACAUGACUGCCCUGUAACCCCAGCCUGUGGGCCUAGAGGCCCCGUGGAAGGCGGCAGGAGCUCAGCUUAGACUUUGAAGUCUGCAGGGUCUUGCUCAGAAUAUUGACGGGUUCUGUGAGAGGGCCAGCGCUUUCCUACCUUUCCACUGUGUGCAGACCUGCGAAAGUGAGGGGCAGUCCGAUGCCAUCUCUGACCCAGGACUACAAUGGGACCCGCACCUCCCUCGGCCUCUUUCCAAUGAGAAUGACUCUUCCGCCACAGAUCACUAGCUCCUGCCACAAGUUCCCUGCACCAGGAGGAAAGGGGCCAUUUGGCCUGACAUGUUAGGAAAGACAUGGACAUGGACUGAAUGUUUGUGCCUGAGCUGCACAGAGCUGGGUGUGUAACCGUACUGAGUGAACAUUGCACUGUGCUCCCACCAGGGAGAGGAACCUUGUGAUGCUGCUGCUGUCACGUCCUCCAUCAGCGGAGGCCCCAUGAACGACAGGAUGCGUAGCUAGGUCAGGCUCGGCUGGCCUGGCAUGGUCUCUUCAUCUCUGCCCCAGAUGUACAGCUUCUCUCUGACAUUAAAUACCCUUCAUUGAAGUUUUCCUCCCUUUCCUUAUUUGGACACACGAUUAUCUUUCAUGAGUCUCCUCUUAUUUUUGACCUAAUCCUUAGAACCCCACUACACGG